GCCGCCUUCACGGUGGUCCUCGCAUCUCUCGUGCAAAGUGCCGCUUUGUUCUGGGUAAAUGCGAGACGUUAACAACUCGUGGACACGAUUAAGAAAAAGACAUCGUUGCAUUUUCAGAAGUGGUUUUGCACGAUGAAGAAUUUGCUUGCGCACGGGCUCCGCUUCAAGGUUUUGCACUUUGCGAGAAAACGAAUAUACACUCGGUUUAGCCCUUAUCAAAUGUGUCCAGUUGUGUUUUUUAAUGAGGAAGCUUGCAUUCGUAAGUCAGUGCAACGUCGACCUCGUUUCAGCGUCUUAUUUUACUGACCCGAUCAAGGUGUGGCUCUGUAGUCGUCAGCAUCUUCUUCUUUCAUUUGCCUGACGGUGGAAAAGUCUGCACCCGCCCUAACCGCCGUGCGCGAGCAAAGAACUAGAGGUUCUGUAAUAAUGACCAAGAAGAUGACAACAGUGAUGAUGACGAUGAUGAUGACGACGAAGAUGUCGAUGAUAACGAUGAUUAUGAUGCUGCCAUUGGCUUUUUGAAACACCCCUGCCACUAACAAGUCUAGAAUAUCAUGAGGUUUGGAAGGCUCUGUGCUGCCAUGAUGCUCAGAUUCUCCGGAAGACUGUAGCACCACAGCCCUCCAGUAGGGAGCCUCGCUGGGGAGAGAAGAAGGGUGGACCUCGAACCCAGAACCCAGAGAGAGACAUCUCUGCACCUGUAGGCUGCAGCAACGGAACCAUGUAGACCCUUGUGCUCCUCAUAAUUGGUGAGGCUUAGUUUUCUAGUCAUUUUUAACAUUGAUUUUUUUCACCCUUUUCCCCAUUCUGAGUAGACUCUCUGGCCAAACUGCGAAGUGGCCAUGGUUCUUCACACCUCCCCCUACCCCAGUGCCUUUCUCUGCUUCCUGAGCAACUUCUCCUGGGCCUUGGUGUUCCCUUGUUAUUGGAUGUUGGACAGGCUCCUGUCGUCCUGUGUGGCCACCUCUCUGGAGAAGCGUCGGCGUUCCCAGGACCCCUGCUCCUUCCUGGCCCUGGGCAUGCUGAUCUCCACGCCGCUCUACCUGGUACUGCUGCUGGCAUCCCUCCCCUUUGCCCUUCUGGGCUUCCUAGUGUGGGCACCACUCCAGGCCUCCCGGAACCCAUACAUCUACUCGCACCGCAAGCCUGACGUGCACCGGGUGGAGCAAGGCGGGGGGGCGGGGCCGGGAGAGUGGCGUCCGCAGGGUCGCAGCUUCUGCUUUGGCAGUGCCAACGUGUGCCUGCUGCCGGACUCGCUGGCGCGCUUCAACAACCUGGCGGACACUCAGCGGCGGGCACGGGAGGUGGGCAAACGGAUCCGCAAUGGUGCCAGCCGGCCGCAGAUCAAGAUCUACAUUGAUUCGCCCACCAACACGUCAGUCAGUGCCGCGUCCUUCUGCAGCCUGGCCGCGCAGGGCUUCCGACGCACGUCCUCGGUCGACCAACGACCCGAGCCGUCUGCAGGCAGUGAGGCCGACACUGAUCCCGUAGGUGAGUGCCCUGCGCAUCCGUCCGGAGGAAUGAGUGCAGACUGCCCCAUGCACAGCGACCAGAGCAUUCCCGAGUGCCCGCUGCACCCCAAUGGGGAGGAGCCGGCUGCAGACUGCCCAGUGCACCGGCCAACUGACCCGCAGGUUUCUGCCGAGUGUCCGGUUCAUUCCACAGCUGCUCCGAGCUCAGACGAUUGCCCCCUUCACCCAUCUGGGGUCCAGAUCAGCAUCACCUCCCCAGAGCCGGAGCCGGAUGACUCUGAAGGCCGGAACCAUUGCCCAGGUGAUGGGGACACGGGCAGCUUGCAUAGCCGUGCCCCCUCCCGCGAAUCCCUGACCCGCCCCCACAGCGCGUCCGGGGCUGAUGCCGUCAUCUCGUCCAACAACACGCUCUCGCAGCACCGCACGUCCGUCUUCAAGAGGACCGCUGGCCGCAAGCGCCGCCACGGCGAUGACGGCUUUGACCAUGAGAUCUCCGCCUUCUUCCCUGCCAACCUGGACUUCCUGUGCCUGCAGGAAGUGUUCGACCAGCGUGCGUCAGAGCGGUUGUGCGGGCAGCUGCAUCGCUACUUCCCAUACGUGCUGAGCGAUGUGGGCGAUUGCGGCUGGAGGGCCUGCUGCUCUCCGUUCAGGUUCCUCAACAGCGGCUUGCUCCUGGCCAGCCGCUACCCCAUCCUGGAUGCGCACUAUGAGUGCUACCCCAACGGACGCGGCGAGGAUGCACUCGCAGCCAAGGGGGCGCUCUAUGCCAAGGUACACGUGGGCACAUCCCAUCAGGAGCAGAGGAUUGUGGGAUACAUCACCUGCACUCACCUGCAUGCUAUAGAGGGUGAUGCGUCUGUCCGCUGUGAGCAGCUGGACCUGCUGUUAGAGUGGGGUGCUGAGUUCAGGAGAUCCACAUCUCAGCUUGGAGAGGCAGAGAAGGGUCUGGAAGACCAGGUGGCCUUUGACGUGAUUCUUGGAGACCUCAACUUUGAUAACUGCUCUUCUGAGGACAAGCUGGAGCAGCAGCAUUCUGUGUUUACGCAGUACAGAGAUCCAUGCCGCUUGGGGCCCGGGGAGGACAAGCCGUGGGCUUUGGGUACCCUGUUAGACACGAGUGGUCUAUAUGAUGAAGAAGUAAGCUCACCAGAGAGUCUUCAAAAGGUUAUGGAGAAUGAGGAAAGCAGGAAGGAAUACUUGGUUUUCCCUGCGAGCAAGAACCAGUGUCCCAACCAGAAGGGCCGUAAAAUCCCCCUGAAGGGAAACGGGCGCCGGAUCGACUACAUCCUGUACAGAGAGGAAGUGGCACAGGCCGACUGGAAAGUGGACAUUGAGGAGUUCAGUUUCAUCACUCAGCUGGCUGGCUUGACUGACCACCUGUCUGUGGCUUUAAGGCUGGCAGUGUCAACAGGAGAAGAGGAGUCUUAGAAACCUGACACUCUGUUACACAAUGCCACGGACAGAGGGAGAGAGAGUGAGAGAGAGAGGGAGAGAGAGUGAGAGUGAGAGUGAGAGAGAGAGCGAGAGAAAGAAUGAGCAAACAAUGUACAGAAAGAUAGUCUGACAGGACUGUUCGAUGUUGAAGAUGGUGUGAAGACAAGCAGACACACACACACAGGGAGACAAAGACAUACAAAGAGAGAUACAGCAGAGGUGCAGGUCUCUGUGACACACACACACACCAACAUGCAUAUGGACGCCCGCACACCCACCCACCACCCACCCACCUAGAAACACAUCCUCACAUGCGCACUCCCACACAAACCAACAUGUGCGCAGACACACACACACACACACACACACACACACGAGACCGCUCUUCUAACCAGGCAAAACCACAAUCUCACUCUGUCACGUCCUCUUUUGGGAAGUCUCCACUACCCCUAGAAUGAGUUUACAUUACUUACUACGUUGUAUCAGUUGAGUUCAGCUCUCCUCUGUUCUUCUCAGACUUCUCUGGGGCCUGUGUAGGGAGGCAAGUUCAUUUUCUGGUGCCAUGACCCAGGAAGUCUUUCAGGGAAAAGACUGCAUGAGAGGAAGCCUGGAUUCUCAGUAUUGCACGUCCUGCCACCUUACAAACACACAAACAUGUUCAUAUUGAUGUGAGUCCUCUUUUAGAAGAAAAGACCUUUCCCAUGCUCUAUCCUCCAGAACCUCAGUAAGACGUGGCUUUCUUUUCUAACCUCUUUCUAGACCUUUCUAUGGCCAGCCAUGCCAUCUUUGUAGGGAGUUUAUACUGUACAGACACUGAAUAUUGUUCAAUGGUACUGGACUUGUAGUGUGGUCUGGGGCAUCUUGACUGAAUCAACUACUUCCCUACGGUCAGACUAUACAAUAGAAAAAUCUCCUAUUUCACUGUCGGUUUAUUGUAGCCAGUCUUUGAAAUUCAGUAGUGUGCAGUAAGAAAACCAGUUUGGCAGUAUGUACAGUGUGUGCAUUCUCUGGACAAAGAUUGUCUGAAUUUUUGUUUGAUCGACACGGAGGGUCCCACAGGUACCUAGCCGUGGAGCAGGUGACCAGCCUGUAUAUUCAGAACGAAAUCCUGACAGUGAUUCACCAUCACAGGUUCUCUGUCUGUGUCACAGACGCCAUGCAGCUGACCAUGCAGUAUUGCUAUGACUCGCAGGUGCCGCGGGAGGGGUUUGGAAUGUGGUGAAAAGGCUUUCUGCAUUUACCAGUUCCAGUUCAGGCCAAGAUGCUGGCAUCCAAACAAAUGUUUACACACCUGUUAUUGAGUUACAGGCAACACUAUUGAGGAUGCUUAAAGUGGACUGAAAAUUAUUUCAGACAUUACUCCUGUGCUCUCUAUUCCUGUCACCUAGUUGCUUUUAUACUUUAUAUUAUUAUAAUCAUUAUUAUUAUUAUUAUUAUUAUUAUUAUUAUUAUUAUUGUUGUGUUCAGUUUUAAUAAUACAGUGUUUCCCACAAUUGCUAACGUGCUUAUGAUGAAUAUGGGUGAACUGGAAGGAAUGCCUAGGUAGUCCCGGGUAGUCCUGAGCUGUUCUGAACAGUCCUAAGUAGUUCUGAACAGUCUUUGGCAGGAUUUGCCAAAACGUCUCCACAGCCUCUGCAGGGUUAGACGUGAAAAAAAAGCCAUCUUAGUAAGCCAAAUCACCCUGAAUGUAAACAAUAUGUCUGAGAUUUCUGCAACUUAAAGUGAUCAGAUUAUUUAACCUAUUAGAUGUUUUAAAAUUACUUUUAGGUGUCUUAUCAAAGGAAUGUAUCAAACAGAUUUGGCAGAUCAUUUUCUUUCUUUUAAGACUUAAAUCCCUAAAGGAGGUAUAAUUAUCCACCACUUCCUUAAGGCAAUUUCACUUAAGACACCAAGAAUUAGGAGAAAAUGUCUAGAAAUAAAUUAAAUGAUUUGAAAACAGUUCAUAAUAGGAAAUGCUUGAUAUAUUGCAUACAUUCAAGAUUCUUUUCUUGAUAUAUUUUGCGGUAUAGUUUGAUUUCUGAGGAGAGAUGAGAAUACCUGAUGAGUAUACAUGUAUGGAUAGCUUCCCGUCAGAGUGCUGGCGUUUGAGAGCUGUGAUCCAUGUCUACUGCAGUGGCUGUGGAAUCAGCUCCUAUCUGGGGCUUGGAGUCAUCUAAAGCUCUUCUGAUUUCACUCUACUUGACAUCUAAAAUAUCGAUCUGAACCUGUUAUUAUCCUUAAUCGUGUUUUUCUUUUCUUUUCGAUUUUUAGUGUGCUCCAGUAUAGUUGCUUAACCCAGUACCAGGCUCCAGAGGAACAUGUUUUAAUGGGAUUAGUUCAACAGGUUGGGCGUUGUAGCCUUUUCUAUGAGAAGUUUAAUUUAUCUGUUUAAUUCAUUUUUACCUGUGCAGAUGAAGAUUAAUGUGUACAUGAAACAGUGGCUCAUUCACACUGAAACAGGGGCAGGUUCGUGGAAAAUCUGGCUUAGCCAAUAACAUGGGCCGAAACCUUGAGGUCCCACCCAGUGACACCAAAUAAUUAAAUUCAUCUAAAUAAUCAUCUUAUAUAUACAUUUAAAAAAAUGUAUUUUUUUUUUCUUUACCUCAAAAAUCUUCAUUAUCAUUUUGUAGAUAAUAGCUUUGGCCCUUCUUAUGUGUGUGCUCAUUUGAAGUGUUAAGCAAGAGCCAUCAGAAAGACGGUUACGGAUUUGUAAUAUAAAACAGGUGACUGUAGAGCAUGUGUUUAUUAAGUGCUGUAGGUGUUGGCACCACGGGACAUCCUCUCCACAGACCUGCCCACAGUGGCGCUGGGUAGCUUCCAGCUCUGUAGGUCAUUUGUGGCUGUAAUUUAGUGUAAGUUUUUACAUGAGUCCAAAGCAGGUCUCGUGUUGCUUAGGUACUGCAGCUGCGGAAAACACUGAAAGACUGCAUUACCCAUGAUGCAUUACUAUGCUUGAUGCUAUAUUAGACUUUUCUGAGGUCUGGCAGAGCUUCUUUAUGUUUUCAGGUAAAUGACUGAUGUGCUAGGAAAAGUUGUGAUCAAUCCCAGCCCAAAUCCAAUCCGCACGGCCGCUGCAACCUUCUGCCAAGACCUUGUACCAUGUCCAUGUUCUGUAGUAAGAAUUAUAAAGGUGUCAAAUUGUUCCCAUCCACCAAUCUUCAAGUCAUCUUCACCAGCCACACACUCUUAUAAUGUUUGUGUACACACCGCGAUAUCUUGUGUGUAUCCUACAUCUGGUGAGACAUGGUGUGAAGAUCCCUGACUGUACGAUGAAUAUGUCCAAAUUUACAUGAACUAGGAACAUUUAUCUCUUUACACAUCUGGAAGUACAUGGCAUACACAUUAAAACACCUUAUGGAACUGGUUAACGUGGCAUGAGGCCUGUCCCAGCCAGCUGCAUGCGUGGGCAACUGUCCCCUUGAUCCUACACCCACACCCACACACACACACACAAAGAGACACAUACACACACACACACACACACACAUGCACCCCCCCCCGCCCCCCCCCCAACACACACACACACAGUGGGACUGAGACCCACUAGAAUAAACUGUAUUGACAGUGCUUUGCUCUGCUCCAGAUAAUGUAACCUUUUGCAGUGGCCAGAAUUAGCACUUCCUGUUCUGACUUACAUAGCUCCUCCAAAUCCAUUUUAAAAUAUGACCACGGGAACCUGUCCAAGACGAGUGUGAAAGGUCAAGCCUCACCAAGAUCUUCCAUGCCGCUGUGAAGGGGAUGAGUGGGCCAGCCAUGCUUGGGGGUGAAAGGUCAGGGUAUGCUGAAGCUCUACUGACUCACUUCCUUCGCCGUAUCCGCGAGCACCUCGCCGUCACGAGGUUCCUGAUCUGUGUUGCAGUUUCUUUUCAGGUGGAAUGCUAUUUGAUACACGUAUCACGCUCAGCCAGCUUAUCCGGGGAGGGGAGUGAACAGCUUUCUUUGUCUCAGCUCUUUUUAACUGCUUUUUUGGGGUCUUCGGCUUUUUAUAAACAAAUUUGAUCCUCUUUGA